AUGCCGACAGCUACCCUGAGUAAACUGCCUUUCUCUCGGCUGAAAUUUGACCAGGAAGCUUGCGGAGAUGUCCUUGCACUGCCGAUCUUCAAGCAGGAAGAACCGCAGCUGUCUCCUGAGAACGAUGCCAAACUGCCACCCUUUCAGUACGUCCUCUGCACAGCCACGUCACCUGCUGUGAAACUCCACGAAGAAACCCUGACCUACCUCAACCAAGGUCAGUCUUAUGAAAUCCGUCUACUUGAGAAUAGGAAAUUGGGAGAGUUUCAAGAUUUAAACACAAAAUAUGUAAAGAGCAUAAUUCGUGUAGUUUUCCAUGACCGACGCCUGCAGUACACAGAGCAUCAGCAGCUUGAGGGCUGGAGGUGGAGUCGGCCUGGGGACCGCAUCCUUGAUAUAGAUAUUCCGCUGUCAGUUGGUAUCUUGGAUCCCAGGGCCAGCCCAACCCAGUUGAACACUGUUGAAUUUCUGUGGGAUCCAUCAAAGAGAGCCUCAGCAUUCAUUCAGGUACAUUGCAUCAGCACAGAAUUUACUCCACGGAAACAUGGAGGAGAGAAAGGGGUGCCCUUCCGGGUGCAAAUCGACACCUUUAAGCAGAAUGAAAAUGGUGAAUACACAGAACACUUGCAUUCUGCAAGCUGCCAGAUCAAAGUGUUCAAGCCUAAAGGAGCAGACAGAAAACAGAAGACUGACAGGGAAAAAAUGGAGAAGAAGACCACCCAAGAGAAGGAGAAGUAUCAGCCUUCCUAUGAGACAACUAUUCUCACAGAGUGCUCUCCCUGGCCAGAUGUGCCUUAUCAAAUGAACAAUGCUCCAUCUCCAAGCUACAACAGUUCACCCAACAGCUUCAACCUUGGAGAUGGCAACAGUUCUCCAACCCACCAAGUGGAGCUCCUGCCUCCCAGCAAUGAUCAUCUCCUUCCUUCUGCUUCUAUUCAAGAUGCCCAGCAGUGGCUUCAUCGUAAUAGGUUCUCUCCAUUCUGUAGACUCUUCUCAAGUUUUUCGGGUGCUGACUUACUGAAGAUGUCCAAAGAAGAUUUUGUUCAAAUCUGUGGCCCUGCUGAUGGAAUUCGGCUCUUUAAUGCAAUCAAAGGAAGAAAUGUAAGGCCCAAGAUGACAAUUUAUGUCUGUCAAGAACCAGAGCAAAACAGGUCCCAUCUCCACCAAAAACGAGAAAACGGAGAUGGCAGUCUUUGUGUAUAUCAUGCAAUCUUCUUGGAAGAAUUGACCACGCUGGAAUUAAUCGAGAAGAUUGCAAACUUGUACAGCAUUUCUCCACAGCAGAUAAAUCGAAUCUAUCGGCAGGGACCCACAGGAAUCCACGUAUUAGUGAGCAAUGAGAUGGUGCAAAACUUCCAAGAUGAAUCUUGUUUUGUUAUCAGCACAUUAAAAGCUGAAAGCAAUGACGGCUACCACAUCAUUUUAAAAUGACCGUGCUGCACAGAAAGACUUUAACAGCCUAAAAUUUAGUGCCUCACUGAGAUUGCUACAACCUAGACUGGAAACAUGAAGAACCUUCUGGAUAAAAUGCUCCUAUGAACUAAGAAUUACCAAACAGCUUAAGGAAAAACUUGCUUUUACAGAUAUAUGUUUUUGGUGGUGUGUAGUUUUGUUUUGUUUUUUUUUUUUUAAGCUGGAGCUGAGAACAUCCUCAAAGCUUGUACAUGUUUCUUCCUCCCUCCCUUCCUCUUCAGUCUUAAAAAUUGCCGAGGUUUCUGCUUAUUACUUAGAAAC